AUUUAGUUGUGGACGCUGGUCAGACAAUGUACCCUCCGGCCAGAACAUAAACAGCAGCUGUUGACCGUUUAGCCGGUAUAUAAAUAAGUUUAAUUAAUGAUGCGGUUAUCAUUUGAGCAACUGUCGCCUGCCUGUUGAAACCUUGCAAUAUCAAUAUGAGGUGUGACAUCAGGAAAUAUACGCUACUUCCGGUAGCGAUCUUAUUUGUGACGUUUUGUCUGGUGCCGGGAACAAACGCCGAUUCCUGUCUGUUUACAUGCCUGGAGAAGAACUGUACAUUCGGAUACCUUCCGUUCGGAUGCCCUCGUUGUCAGUGUGCCCCGGAUCCAUGCCUGUUCACAACGUGUCCCCAAGGUUUCCGUUGCGAGGCUAUCCAGUCGGCGUGUCCCAGCGGCCUACAAUGUCCCAAGGUAGCCAGGUGUGUCGCUGACCCCUAUAACGGAGAACAGCCGUGCGCAUGCCGAGAGGAAUUCGCACCAGUGUGCGGAGUGGACGGUCUCAACUACCCGAACACGUGCAUCAUGUUAUGUUCAGGGAUGCUGAAGGUGUCUGAUGGGUUCUGUCGAUGUAACUGUCCCCAGAUGUACGCCCCAGUCUGUGGUACCAACAACGUAACGUACGAGAACGACUGUUUUCGGGAUUGUCAGGCUAUUUUCGACAGCCGCAUCUUAAAACAGCAUGAAGGUGUUUGUGAGUGCGUCUGUCCUCAGUCAGAAAAUCCCGUAUGUGGACGUGACGGUAAAACCUAUCUCAACGAUUGUGUCCGGGCCUGCGCCGGUGUCCCUAAAAGCUCGUCAGGCUCGUGUGAUUGUUUGAGUAAGUGCGAUGCUCUCUAUUCGCCUGUGUGUGGGUUUGACGGUCUCACGUACACCAACGACUGUUUCCGCCAAUGCUCUGGGGUAGGGCUGUUUUCAAAUAUGGCCUGUCCUUGGAACCGCCGCAGGCGAUCACAGCUCUGAUGUUAGGGCCUCAUUGGACUAGGGGAGAUAACCGUGACAACUGGAUUGAUACCGUCUUUGUAAUUCCUAGCAUUUGAAAUUUUUGAAAUAUCAUUGAAUAAAACACGAAAUGUCUUAUCG